UUUAUGUUUGCAGAUUUCGACGAGUUUCCAGAGCCUUCGCUCGAACCAGUUCUCAAGAUCGUAAUCGGAACGAUGUCGGAGUACGAGAAUGUGGUGGUGGGGAAGUUAAGGCUGAAGGGGAAGGCCUUGGGCGUUAAAGGAGGCGGGAUCGGAAAGAAAAAGAAGCCGAAGAAGCAAUUUGGCAAUUUUUCUCAACCUGUGAGAGAAGACGAUUCCUCAGCAGGAAGGAACCGCACUUCAUUGGUUGAUUGUUCUAAAGAGAGCAUGAACAAUACCGAUACCAAUGGAAGCAAAGGGCAGUAUGCUACAUACGACGAUUCGUUGACACCUGCCGAGAGGCGAUAUCUUCAGCAAUGGGAGAAGAUUGAUCUUCGAAGAAUGGCCGAGAUGGCCAGCAAAUCUCACCGGGGUCGGAUUCACGAGUUCAAUCAAUAUCUGGGCAAUCUGAGUGAGCACCAUGAUAUUCCUAAAGUUGGACCUGGCUAACUCAAUUUACUGUAUUCUUUUCUUGUUAUCACUCAGCAAAAUUUACCAUUGCUUGGGAUUUUAUGGAAACUAAAAUUUUCUUCAGUGGAAAUGAUUGGCAAGUGCCCUGCCUUUUUAGCUUAUUUUUGGGUCUUAUUUGAGUUCCCAAUUCAUAAGAUGACUUCUCAGAUGGAUGGGGAGUUAUUGUACAAACUUCCUCUUUGCUUUUGCUUUAUUUCAUUGGAUCACACGCUUUCCUUUUCUUUAA